AUGCUCCGGGCGGGCGGUGACCGGGCGAACAGGAACUGCUCCCCUCCUCCCCCUCUGCUACCUGUUGACUCGCCGGUCUCCGCUGCUGAGUACGGCGGCGGCGGCAACCGGAGCUCACUCGAGGUGCGUAUGCGGAGGCGGAGCUGCCGCUUGCCUAGUUCGCCACGCCUGGAACUGGAAGGCUGGACGGAGGCGCGGCGGUCACCCACCUCUCUUCCGCUCCCUUCCCAGUUCCCCUCCCCUGCGCGAGCGAUUCCAUUGCCCCUCCGCUUUAUUACUGCUCUUUCCGUCAGGCUCACUGGGCCUUUGGGCCGACGAGGCCCAUGUGGUGACUCCAUAAAUGCUCAUUUCGUUAAGCCCAUUGGUUCGUCGUAUUGGAGUGGACCAGUACAGGGUGCCCCCGCGCCGCCGCCCGGCCCCCCUCAGUCCUCAUCACUGCGCAGCAGACCAAUGGUGGAUGCGAUGGCGGCGAGCGGUGUGGAGGAUGAGAGGGUGGGCGGGGAGGUCAGGGGGGAGGAAGAAGACGACGACGUGCCUCAGCUGAGCGCUGCGGCUAUGGAGGCGCUCCGGGAGUUCCUGGCGGAACAGCAGCGGCCGGAGGAGCAGGAUGAAACUGGAGGAGGGGAAGGCGGGGUAGAGCUGGUCCCGGAGGACUGGCGGCUGAGCCAGUUCUGGUACGACGAGCGCACCGCGCGGGCGCUGGUGGAGGAGGUCGUCCGCCUCGUCUCCCCUUCUGGCUCAGGCUCCGCCGCCGGCGCCGUGGCCUGCAUCGCGUGCCCGACGCUCUACGCCUACCUGAAGAAGACCGACCCGGGAGUGCCCGCGCAGCUGCUGGAGUACGACGAGCGGUUCGGGCAGUACGGCGGCGACUUCACCUUCUACGACUACAACCGACCGGAGGAGCUGCCGCCGGCGAUGAAGCACGCCUACCGCGUCGUCGUUGCCGACCCUCCCUAUCUGAGUAAGGAAUGCUUGGAAAAGGUUGCCAAGACAGUGUCUUUCCUCGCACAGCCUGAAGGUUCAUUCCUGCUGCUGCUCACAGGGGAAGUUCAGAAGGAUCGAGCAUUGGAGCUGCUGAAUGUUCGUCCUUGUGGUUUCAGGCCUCGGCACUCGAAUAAACUAGGCAAUGAGUUCCGGCUGUUCACGAAUUAUGAUCCUGCUGACAGACUUGGUGGUUGGGACCAAAGUGACGGUGCUUCCAUUUAACUGUACACUAAUACAAUGUUUCUUCCAGAGUUGUUCCAUCUUUUUUUUUGUGAACAGAGUUGUUCCAUCUUUAUGAACACACUGUCUUUAUUUUACAGCUCGUUAACUUAUUGCUCCAAUUUGAAUUGUAGCGACAGUUAUUUGAUAAAUCUAUGUGUUUGUGAUUUAUGGUCAAUCAAAUGUUACACUGUUAGUGUUUCUCA